GUCCUUGGGCGGAGAGGGGAGGUGACUCGGGCGAAGAGCAGGACGCAGAAUGAGGGCCCUGAGGGUCUCCCAGGCGCUGGUCCGCUCCUUCAGCUCAACCGCCCGGAACCGCUUUGAGAACCGAGUGCGGGAGAAACAGAAGCUCUUCCAGGAGGACAAUGACCUCCCGGUGCACUUGAAGGGCGGAGCGACAGACAACCUCCUGUACCGGCUGACCAUGGGGCUGUGUCUGGGCGGAACUGCCUACAGCUUGUACUGCCUUGGCUGGGCCUCCUUCCCUCACAAUAAGUGAGAACGAGAAGCCUGAAGGACCUCAGGGACUUGGACAAGCAUCAAUAAACGCUGACCUCU